AUGACUCUUUUUUUUGGUGGAAGAAUGGACUCUACUGAAAAAGUGGAUGAAGUACAUACAACUCGGAAAAAAUGGAAGAAAAUUGCUUAUGGAGGAAUGCAAACUGGUUAUGAGGAUAACUACACUGAUGAAUCAUUUUUGGAAGACAUGGUGAUGAAUGCCAAUGUAGUAAGGAGGGAUACUCUGACUUUAAUUCGGGAUUCUGUUGCAGUGGUACAGUACAUCUGUGUUGUAGCUUUGGUUGUAUCUGUAUGGACUUAUUCUUUGAAAGCUGAGCUAGAUGAACAUCUCCUUCUGAUGAUGGAUGCGGUUUUAUUGGGAUUGGGCUUUUUAGUCCUCUUGUUGACUGCAAACAGAAUUUCUUUAUCACUCCUAUAUCGAUAUGCUCUUAAUCUCGGCUUUUUUGUUGGUGGGCUUUAUGUUUUGGCCCCUGUCUAUGAGACACUGACUAGGUCCAUCAGUUCAGAUUCUAUCUGGGCCCUCACUGUAUUUCUUCUCUUAAUCCACCUCUUCUUGCAUGACUAUGCUGGCUCUACCAUUAAAUCUCCAGCAUCUUCAGUGUUAAACCAAAACUUGCCAGCUGAAAAUCACACUACAUUGACCAAUAAUGUUUCCCUCAAUGCUUCAAUUGUAGCAUCGGUACUGAUUGCUUCCCGCUUACCAUCCAGGCUUCUUGUGUUUGCUUUAAUACUUUUCUCGCUAGAACUUUUCUUGUUCUCUCCUCUUGUUAUCCACUGUUUAAAGCAGUACUCUGUCAAAUUGUAUUUGUGUUUCUCUUUCAUGUUGGCGGUUAUAACUCUUAGCCUUGUUUACCCCCUGCAUCGUUUAGUUUUUUUUCUUUUUGUCGGACUCAUUGUUUUUAUUAUGCUGGUGUGCCCCUAUUGGUUGAUAAAAGCUCAAGAAUACAAGUUUGAGAUAAAGGGUCCAUGGGACGAAGCAAAAUUAUGCUUUGACAUAACAGACUAGGGCGACCAGAAGGAUUUGGUCUGGCAGUAAAGACUGUCUUUCUUCCAUGAGGCUGCCAGUUUCUUUACGAUGAAGUAUUUUUUCAUACAAUGGUCCUUAAAUCUACAGACAGAGCACAUAUCAGUUUUGUGUGCAGGUCCUCUUGCAUGAAUUUAUGUGAUCAAGCUUUUGCUUCCUACUGAUGAAGUCAAAAUGUUUUGUUUAUGUCCAAGUAUUCAUGUGGAGGUGGUUUUUGAUCCGAGUAAAUAGCCUAUCAUAGUUAUAUAAUUUGUAAGAUUUGGAACUCUGGAAGUUGGAAUAUCAAUGUAUUUUAGAUUUUAGUUA